GGAAGGGAGAGGUGUCGCCACAUUAGAAAUUCCGUGUUAGACCAUGAGGUCUUCUCAUGGACGCCAACUACCCUCGCUCUUCUCAUAGUCGUCUCUGAGAACGAAUCACUACAUGAUAGGUCCUAUGGAUUGAUAUAGAAGACGAAUUGGGAUUUUGGGAUAAGAAAAUGAGGGCAGGCUAAGCAAGAGCGGGAGAGAAGAUAUUGAUUUCGUUGGCGUCGUUCGUAUUCGGUGGGGAGAUCUGGGUAUUUGGAAUUGGGGCUAUUCAGCAAGAGAUGAGUAUGGAGUCAUUGCAUCACUCAUUGAAUGGAAGUUGUAGCUUUCAUUGUGCAGAAAGAUUUUCGUUCCAUCGCCCACCGACUUUGAUAAGCACUCAUUGAAUUAAAUUUGUAGCUUUCAUUGUGCAGGUUCUGGAUCAACUGUUGUCAGUCUCCAAUAUUUUGGCUGAGAACAUUGCAAGCCAAAGAUAUGCAUCAACAUUCGUUCAAUUAAAACAAUCUGGGUAAGUGUCAUUUUUAUGUGCUUUUGAUUUCUUAAUGUGUUCUGAAUGAAUUGUAAUUUUUAGAUGCUCACUUUUUCGUGAACUUUUCCUACUACAUUAUAUUUGUGCUUUUGUUCAACACACCCUAUCACCAGAAAGUGUAUUUUUGCUCUAAAUGGACAGAAAGUGCAUUUACAGUGCAUAUGCGCAUAGCCUUUGUCAACAAUUUCAACAGUUCAUAUGCGCUAUGUUACUGGGAGAAGACACCCUCAUAAGUGCUUUUCUAUCUUUAAUUUGAUUCUUUCUAUACAUUUCUUUGGUUAUUUUGAAAUAAUCUUGAUUGAGCUAAAGCAUUUCUGGGAAACUGAUUAGAAUAGCACUGAUUACAUGUUAAGCUUCUUUUAAUCUCUAAAAUUGAUCAAGAAUCCACUUGCUUUUGAACUUCUACAUAGUCUUAUCUCUUUAUUGAUAUGAAAAUCAUCUUAUCAGGUUGUCUAAUUUCACUUUUGUAGACUUGCAUUGUAGUAAUCCUAAUUGACCGAUAUAAGUCUUGAGUUGAAAGGAUUAAGCUGAACCAUUUGGAAAUGACGAGUUUCUUUGUUACUUUUACUACAUUUUUGGUGAAUCGGCCCCCUCAAUGUCUUAAGCACCACAAGUUGAACUCUCACUUCAUUAACCAUAUGACAUAGCUCAGUACCUUUUGUCUGAGAGAUGAUGAGUAUGGAAGAUGAACUGAAAUUUAAGCAGCAGCAAGUUACUGAACAAUUUGCUUUCAAUUUCUCCUGUUACUUCCUUAUACAUUUGAACUUUUACUUUGUACUCAAUAUUAACGUAGUGUCUUCCUUCAAUGGUAUUGUCAUGGAAUGAACAAUGUCAUUACUCUUUGAUUUGAGUUUGGUAUGUUGUAUACGUUUUUAUCUUUAAGUUUUUUUCUGAAGGUUUACAACCUCAAUUGCUUUGUUUGGGUUAUCAUCAAUUUCUUUGAUGUAGCUCUUACUGGGUUUUCUUAUUUGUUCAUGUAACAUAAUAAAUUCUUGAGGCAAAAUCAAUUCUGGGAGAGGAUUCAAGUUGCUGCAUAAGCGCAUUAAAUUUCUUUUAUUCAUUCUUUACAGCUAAACUUGGAACUGCAAGGUGAGCUAUGGGAAUCUAUAUAGCCUUGCUUUUUGAAGAUACCUGAAUCCGUGGUGAUGGUUGCAAUUGGAAAGUGGUGAUUUCUGUUAGGAGUGCAAGUUACGUUAAACGCUGUACUUGGUGCUGCAAGGAGACAUAAUUUUUUCUCUUCUUUUUGGUCCUCAAAUGCUAUCUUUACCAUCAUUUAUUGGUUUUCCUGUUAACUUUAUGAAUGAGACGUCAGUAGAAUGAAGAGGUGGAAAGUUUUGUGAGUUUUGUGUGUGGCUAUUGUCAAUUUUUUUGUACGUUUUAUCUUCAUAUUCGUUCUUCAAUCCUUCAAUUUUCCGUGUUAAGGACAAUAAAGAAGGUUAUUCUGGGUUGUUAGGUUGAAGUGUGGAGUUCUAUGUUUCUUUUUAUUGUUUUUCAUUUGUUAGAUUGGAUGUGGAUUUGGGUUCUAGAAUAUUUUGGAAAAAAAAUCAUGUAUACAUAUGAAUGGAAAAUGCAUGAAAACCCCAUAACCCAAAUGAAUCUAGAACUUCAAUUGCAUUUAAAACAAAAGCCCUUUACGGCAGCAUUGUGGUACUGUUGAGCUCUUUCUUGGAAAACAUAUUCAGUUUUAGUGUUAUAUACGGAUUAAUGAAUGGUGUGCAUAUUGAUCCUUUCGAGAUUAUGCCCAUAAGCCCCAUAUGAUAGGAUUUUCAAUGAUAUUUGUUCAUCAUUAGCAAGAAUAUGUGUAUAAUUGAUGUAUUUUCUCUUUCUGUUAAUCCAAGAUGUUAGUUCAUAUUGCUAGGUGUUUUUCCAGUGCUUUAUACAAUUAUUCUGGACUCGCUACUCUUUUCUUUUUGAAAUUAGAAGUGGAUCAGGUUUAUUUUCAGCAAGUUGAAUGUUGGGGCAUGUGUUUAUAUGACUACAAACUGAUCCAGAUAAAUUUUGGGGUUUAGAGCUAUAUGAAAGUUCAUGUGUUCUAGGUACACUGCCGAACAAAACAUGAUGACCACCUCUUUAAAUAUUUCUCCUAUAAACUACUGCCUACACAAUUUAUGCCAGCAAUAAAGCCUCUAUUUUAAAAUUUGGAAUAACAGUUUGUGUUUAAAGAGGUGGUGCAAAUUUGUGUGUUUUUAAAAUUUGUAUUUAACAUGUUUUUGGUCCUGGUGAGUAAUAUAAAUUUUUUUUUUGCACUGAUUGGGGUCAUAUCUUCCUUUGUUGUAUUUCUUUUACUUAUAUAGAAGUCUAUGUUAUGCAGGUUAUGUGUCUUCUGCAUUUUGGCAUUUGAGUUGUUAAUCACAAGAAUAUAAAGCUACAAAUGCACAUAUUAAGUAUAUGGGGCUAUGCAUAUAAUUUAUGCAUUUUCACUUUCUGUUACUCUUGGAUUAACGAGUUCGGUUUUUCCGGUGUUUUAUGAAAUUAGUAGUCAGUCCAUUUUCUAUUCAAAAUUAGAAGUGAAUUUAAGUUUAUUUUCAGCAAGUUGAAUUAUGAAGUAUGAGUUUAUAUGACUAAACUGAUCCCCGAUGAAUUUAGGAGUUUAGAGCUAUAUGAAAGUGCUACAAGUGUUUAGUUACACUGUACAACAAAACAUGAUGAACACGUCUUUAGAUAUUUCUCCUACAUACUACUGCCUGCACAACUUGUCAUGUAACCCUUGCUUAACUCCAAAGGACACUAGCUAACGCCGCUGCAGAGCGCGGCCUCACAACUAGUUUACUAUAUACUAAGGCAGAGUUCGGGGCUAUUCGGCUUAUGAAUAGUACCGGCUCCCGCCGAGCUAUCUGCUAUUCGGCUUAUGAAUAGUACCGGCUCCCGCCGAGCUAUCUGCCAUAUACCUAAAUAAACUUCUUCUCCAGAUGACUCACUCAUCACCUCUUCACCCACAACCCCUAUUUUUCGACACAUGUAUAGAACUUUCACUGGCCGCCUGUACAUCUUCAUACACUAUCUUUAAUUUUUUCCAUCUUAGUUUUGUUAUGGGUUCUUCAAACUUAUAUAAUAUUGUGGAUUUAUAUAAGUUCUUCUCCUCAUUCUCCAAUUCUCUUUCUUCGAUCUCCUCCGACUCACCUAUUCACUCAUAACCAGAAUUUGCUGGUAAGUUUCCCGAUCAACGAAUUCACUUCCAUCUCUGUAGUCACAAUUUUUUUCUAUAUCUGGGUUUUCUGGAUUUUUGGGUCUGAUUUUGAAAAGUGGCGCAGACCAAGACCUCAGGUUUGGAGUUAACCUUGAAGAGCCGGAACAGUCAUGGCUUACAAGAGUAGAAUGAGCAGGAGGAAAAGAAUGUUGGAUGAGUUGAAUGGAAAUGAUCAUCAGCCAAGACAUGAUAAUAUAGCAGUAGAUUCACGAUGUUAUGAGCAUGGAGACACAAGCGGAACAAAAAAUGACACAGCAAAUUUCAAAUGCAUCACUAUGUCUGAGAUAAGUGAGAAUGAAAUAGUCCAAAACUCCACUUCAUUUGGCCAGGCAUUCUACCAAAGAAGUCGACCAGCUAGGAUUACAAAUUAUCAUGAUUCUGGCGAUGAUGCAUUUGAAUGUCAACACUGUCGUGCUUGCUUUUGGUUGGGUGAAGCACAAAAACACACUCGCAAGAAAAAGCCUAUUUACAGCAAUUGUUGCUUACAAGGACAGAUCAGACUCCCGCUGGUGAAUUCUACACCAGCAUACCUGGAAGAAUUAUUGGAUCCAAAAAAUGGUCGUCGUAGUAUUUGUUUCCGUGAAAAUAUCCGUGUUUACAAUUCUGCUUUGACUUUUACUUCAAUGGGAGCAAAAAUUGACCAUGGUAUAAAUGAUGGUUCAACACCUUAUAUAUUUAAAAUAUGCGGACAAGUACAUCAUUUGAUGGGUUCUGUAUUACCAUCUGAAGGGCGACGCAAUCCAUGCGAUGAUAGCAGAAAGGACUCUUGCUCGCGUUCCUUACAAGAUGCAGGAAGGAAGUAUAUAUGAUAUCUUUUGUUUUCCCACACAAAGAGAUCCUGCUCGAGCAAGGGUUGUUGAGCAUCACACCAUAGUGUAUUUCAAUGCAAAAACACAGUUUGUUUUGGUCUCAGAACCUGUUGCACCAAUUCCAUUACACUCUUUCCAUCUCCUAGAGUUCAACCAACUAUUGGCUGAAGUUGCCAAACAAGAGAUCCUCACAGAUGUUUAUGGGUGCAUUAAAGAUGUCGUACCCCAACACAUAGCAUCUGUGAGGAGUGAAAAAAAAACCGAAUCAAAGUGUGUGAUAACUCUUCACAAUUCCAGGAGAGAAACCCUUAAAAUCACCCUUUGGGGAGAUGUUGCUCGACAAUUUCCUCUUGAAACCGUGCUAAGUUCAGAACCGUCGAAGCUAGCUGUCAUUACUAGCUUAAAAUUAAGCACAUACUACCGUCGUGCAAAAGGAUCAAACACCAACCAUACAUGCAUCAUCAUAGACCCAACUAUUCCACAGAGGGAAGAAUACAAGACUGAAUUCAGUGGACCAGACGACAAAGUUAAAAUGCUUCCAAUACCAUUUAGGUGUCUGACAGCUGAAGAACAAGACCAACAAGCUCGAAUCAAAUUAUCGGAACUGAACGCCCUCAACCCUGAGGAACAUCUGCAGGGAGAACCUGUCUAUGUUGUUGGUAAGAUUAUAGAUUUUUCUGACAACGGCUGGUGGUACAAGGGCUGCCCCAUUCCCGAAUGCUUUAAAGUUCUCAAGAAGAAAGAGGAGAACAAUAAAUACAAUUGUCCAGACCAUCUUUCUGAAGUGAUACCACUUCCAUGCUACAAGGUCUACAUGAUAAUUGAAGACGACACUAACGAAUCCAUGGUGACUUUAAUGGGGAGACCAGCCGAGGAACUUUUCGGAGCGUCUUGCCGAGAACUCCUCAAUAGAAGAUUCUAUGCAAGUGAGACAGAAUUACCAGAGGAGAUCACAAACACAAUAGGUCAAACCCAUCUCUUUGAAAUCAAAAUGAGCUACAACAGUGAAUUCUCGGUCAAAGAUGUGCACCAAGCCCCUCAGUCCACACAAACAUCAGGCCAUGCCGUCCACCCUACUGCUGAAACACCUGAACGUCUGAAUUAUGGAAAAAACCGAAUAGGACAAACGACUGAAAUAUGCAUGUUCACACCAGAGAGUGAGAAAAAAAAUAAAGGGAAAGGAAACAAACAUGCAUCAUCAUCACCAACCGGUCAGAGACUAAGCAAACAGAAAAUGAACUAGCUAUUUGCAUGACUUUUGCUGCACUAACAUCUUCAUAACAGCUGCGACUGAAGUCAACAGUCUACAUUUUUGGAUGAGGUCCUAAUUAAUAUGACAGAUCAAAAUAGGAGUAUUUUUUUGUGGAAACUACCUCUCAUGAACCUUCAAUACACAGCAGCUGCUUUAGUUUAGCUGGGAUGCUCAUGUAUAAUAGUGUGCUUAUAUAUUAUAGUGUGAUGCUAUUUUGUGAGCAUAAACUCCAAUGAAGAUGUAAGUGAAACCUGGUAAUAUGACAAAGUAUGAUAGUCUUCUUAUGUA